CACUCCCUCCACAUGGAACCUGGGGGGUCAUGUGAUCAGGAAAAACAUGGGAGUGGCUGGGGAAGUGCACAAGCAAAGUUACAACUCUUUUCCAAGUCACACUAAAGUAACGACUGAGCUGAUUGCCAAAAAGUGCAGUGCAGGAUAAUCGUGGAUGAUUUCACACAAGAGGUACCAACUGACACACAGACAGACGGAGAAGAGAGAGGAACGAUCAACUAGGCAGCUAUCAAUGAUCGCAUCAGUAGCUUUGCGCGUUACCGGCCGGCGAGCAGUACCCCUGCUUCCUGAGCUGUUCCUCUUCCUCUCUCUCCACCUCUAUCACCACCUUCUCUGCCUCCCUGUUCUCCAUGAUCGAUCUCCAACUCUGUGACGAAUUUCCCCUUAGCCCCGCCCAUCAUGACGGCACGUAU